AUUUUCUUUCGCUUUUGGGGUACUUCAAACAAAUCGCCAACGUAAACGAGAAAUAAACCAAAUAAAAUAAAAAGAGCCUCAAAUUCUCCGCCCAUUUUCUUUUCAUUUUUCACGUAUAAAUUUCACUCCUCCUCUUAAUAAUACAUUUGCCUUCACAUUUCUUUGAAAUAAAAUUUCGUUUGUAUUUUUUGCGGGUGCAAAUCCAAUGGCUGCGAUCUUCCAAGGAGUUGGAGCUGCCGCAGCUUUGUCAUCCUCACCGUCCAAUUCUUUCGAUUCCAAGAAAUUCGUUUUCUCUCCUUGUAGAUCCUUCUCCGUGAGGAAAGGAGCGAGCUUUGCAGUGGUCAGAUCCGAUGGAAGAGUAAAUCUGAACCCUAAGGGCCGAAGGGCUCAACAAUUGAUUUCCAAUGCAGUCGCAACCAAAUCUGAUAACGCCGCUGCUUCUUCAUCCUCGAAACCAGGGCAUGAGCUUUUACUUUUUGAAGCUCUGCAAGAGGGUUUGGAAGAAGAAAUGGAGAGGGAUCCCCGUGUAUGUGUCAUGGGCGAAGAUGUGGGUCACUAUGGAGGUUCAUACAAAGUGACCAAAGGACUGGCAAAAAAAUUUGGGGACCUUAGGGUUCUUGACACCCCAAUUGCUGAGAACUCCUUCACUGGCAUGGGAAUUGGGGCUGCUAUGACUGGUUUGAGACCAGUUGUUGAGGGCAUGAACAUGGGAUUUCUCCUCCUUGCUUUUAAUCAGAUCUCCAACAACUGUGGUAUGCUUCAUUAUACAUCCGGUGGCCAGUUUACCAUACCAAUAGUCAUUCGUGGGCCUGGUGGUGUUGGACGUCAACUAGGGGCUGAGCAUUCUCAACGUCUUGAGUCAUACUUUCAGUCAAUCCCUGGAAUCCAAAUGGUUGCAUGCUCCACCCCAUACAAUGCCAAGGGCUUAAUGAAGGCUGCAAUCAGAAGUGAGAACCCUGUUAUCUUUUUUGAGCAUGUUUUGCUUUACAACCUCAAGGAGAGAAUCCCAGACGAGGAUUAUAUCUGUAAUCUUGAGGAAGCUGAGAUGGUAAGGCCUGGAGAACAUGUCACCAUUCUAACCUAUUCAAGGAUGAGGUAUCAUGUAAUGCAGGCGGCUAAAACAUUGGUGAACAAGGGUUAUGAUCCCGAAGUAAUUGAUAUUAGGUCUUUGAAACCAUUUGAUCUUUACACUAUUGGGAACUCAGUUAAGAAAACACAUCGUGUUCUUAUUGUGGAGGAGUGCAUGCGGACUGGUGGUAUUGGUGCUAGCUUGAUAGCUGCGAUUACCGAGAAUUUCAACGACUACUUGGAUGCUCCAAUUAUGUGCUUAUCUUCACAGGAUGUGCCUACACCAUAUGCUGGAACCCUGGAGGAAGUGACUGUUGUUCAGCCUGCCCAGAUUGUGACAGCCGUUGAGCAGCUCUGCCAGUAAUUGCAAAUUUGCAAUAGCAGAAAUAUUGAUGCAUGGUUGAAGUUCUGUUAGUGUUGUCAUGUUUAUUUUGAAACCAUUCUCUUGCGACUUUGUUUUCAAUAUAUAAGUUUCACGAGUUAUGUUAGUGUUAUGUUUGUUGAGUUGUUCGUGGGUUUAAGGCAUUUAGUUUGACCUUUGUUUUUUCUUGACUGAAAUGGGCAGUAAGACCUUUAAGCAGUGUUACAGGUAGGGUACUGGAAAAUAAGUCUACAUUUCCAGUUGCUGUCACAUUACUACACACUAUGAGACAAGCCAGUGUAAUUCAUUGUCUAAAUUUUUCUUAUGAAGGUGGUAAUGCAAAUAGUCUCAUUUCUUCA